AUGUUAUCCAUUCCCAAACUAAAGGCGACGCUAGCGAAAGCUCUGGCGUUCAAUUCCAAACCGACGGAAGAAACCUUUCCCGAAUUUCCAAAAGUAUUGAUUUGGUUCCGGUUUCUUCUCGGCCUUUCGUACGGACUCUAUCUGGGAUUGAAUGACUAUCGCUCCGGUACGCUGCCACUUCAAGCACUGAAUUUGAUCACGUUUCUACCCGUGAUGUAUGCCAAGCUAUACUUGGGUAUGGACGGGGACCACUUCCAGACACAGACGGUGUUUGCCGGAACCUUCCAAGCCAUGUCCUUGUGUCUAUUGAUCUGGAUAUACUUGUUUACAGCCGCACACGAAGCGGAUGAAAGCAAGCUAGCGUCUUUACUAGUAGCAACUGUUGCACCCAUGAUGGGGGAUGGUAGUGAUGGUGCAAUCAGUGAUGCGACCUACGUCCCACCAGUACAAAAGAUGCCCGAAUCCGAGUUUUAG